UUCGCGUCCCGGCUGUCUCCACCCCUUCCGCGGUUUUGGUUCCGAUCCGCCCGUGAUGGCGAGCGACAAGCAGCUCAGGGACUGGGUCUCCGACAAGCUCAUGUCCGUCCAUGGAUACUCGACGAGCGUCCUCGUCAAGUACGUCAUCGGGCUAGCUAAGGAAUGCUCUUCUACCGGCGACCUCGUGGGGAAGCUCGUCGAGUACGGGUUCUCCUCGUCCGCGGAGACCCGCAGCUUCGCCGCCGACGUCUACGCCAAGGUUCCCCGCAAGGGCAGGGGUAUCAGUGAUUACCAGAAACAGGAAAGGGAGGCAGCGAAGCUUGUGCAGAAACAGAGCACUUACAAGCUGUUGGCCGACGAGGAGGAGGAUGAUGUUGACAACCACACUUCGACCACGGCGACUGCGUCCUCCAAGAGUAGGAAGCAUUUUAGGAGGAAGGCCGAAGAGCAAGACGAUGGGAAGGAUGAUGAUGUGAGAGAUGGCGUGGUAGCCCCACCCUUUAGUCGUGUUGCUUUCGCAUGCGUUGACUCAGUUGAUAAUGUUGUGUUGCAGGAAACAGUAGCCCACAAUUCUGAGAGGAGUGUCCGAAGACGAACAGAAGAGGUGGAUGAUGAUGACGGCAAUGACACCCUUGACGAAGAGCAAGAAAUUUUACGAGAUCAACAGGAAAGAGCUCAGCUAGAGAAGAACAUGAAAGAAAGAGAUGCGGCGCACACUCGAAAGUUGAUGGAGCGACAUUUAUCUAAGGAAGAACAAGAGGAGCUUAUCAGAAGAGCAGAAGCAAUGGACAAGAAUGACACUUCAGAUUUAAGAAAUUAUUCGAGGCAGGCGUACUUGCAAAAGCGAAGGGACAAAAAAAUUGAUGAGAUCCGGGACGAAAUUAUUGAUCAUGAAUACAUUUUUCAGGACGUGAAACUGACCGAAGCAGAAGAAAAUGACUUCAGAUACAAAAAGAAGAUAUAUGAUCUCGUCAAGGAGCAUGUUGACAAUACAGAUGAUGUUCCUGAGUAUAGAAUGCCUGAAGCUUAUGACAUGGGUGAAGGUGUCAAUCAAGAAAAGCGGUUCUCUGUAGCAAUGCAGCGAUACAAAGAUCCAGAGGGCAAAGAUAAAAUGAAUCCUUUUGCUGAACAGGAAGCAUGGGAAGAACAUCAAAUAGGAAAGUCGAAACUGCAGUUUGGAUCAAAAGAUAAAAAGCAGUCUGGUGAUGAAUAUCAGUAUAUAUUCGAUGAUGAUCAAAUUGAUUUUGUUAAAUCAUCGGUCAUAGAAGGAACUCAGUUUGAAGACGAUUCAGACCAAGAGACCAUCGAUGCAAAAGAUAUUUUAAAAAGGGAGCUCCAGGAUGAGCGGAAAACCCUUCCAAUCUAUAAAUUCAGAGAUGAACUGCUCAAGGCUGUUGAUGAAUAUCAGGUUAUUGUCAUAGUGGGAGAAACCGGCUCUGGUAAAACGACGCAAAUACCUCAAUAUCUUCAUGAAGCUGGAUAUACAGCAAGAGGAAAGGUUGCUUGUACGCAACCUCGUCGAGUGGCAGCCAUGAGUGUUGCAGCAAGGGUGUCUCAAGAGAUGGGUGUUAAAUUGGGACACGAGGUUGGUUACUCCAUAAGGUUUGAGGAUUGCACCUCCGAGAAAACAAUGAUUAAAUACAUGACCGAUGGAAUGCUUUUGAGGGAGUUUCUUGGAGAACCAGAUUUGGCUGGCUAUAGUGUUGUCAUGGUUGAUGAAGCUCAUGAGCGUACACUGUCUACUGAUAUCUUGUUUGGUUUGGUGAAGGACAUUGCAAGGUUUCGUCCAGAUCUAAAGUUGCUCAUUUCAAGUGCAACCCUGGACGCGGAAAAAUUUAGCGACUACUUUGAUUCAGCUCCGAUUUUCAAGAUUCCUGGGAGGCGAUACCCUGUUGAAGUUCAUUAUACAAAAGCUCCAGAAGCAGAUUACAUUGAUGCUGCCAUUGUCACAAUCUUACAGAUACAUGUGACACAACCCCCUGGUGAUAUCCUAGUGUUCCUUACAGGGCAGGAAGAAAUUGAAACAGUUGAUGAAAUCCUUAAACACAAAACUAGGGGCUUAGGCACAAAGAUUCCUGAACUAAAUAUAUGCCCUAUUUAUGCAAAUCUGCCUACUGAACUACAAGCGAAGAUCUUUGAGACAACCCCUGAGGGUUCUCGGAAAGUGGUCCUGGCCACUAAUAUAGCAGAAACUUCAUUAACCAUUGAUGGUAUAAAAUAUGUUAUUGACCCAGGUUUUUGUAAGAUCAAGUCAUACAACCCCCGUACAGGCAUGGAAUCCCUGCUUAUCAAUCCUAUCUCAAAGGCGUCAGCAAACCAGAGGGCAGGAAGGUCUGGACGGACAGGGCCAGGAAAAUGUUUCCGUCUGUACACAAGUUAUAACUACAUGCAUGAUCUUGAGGAUAAUACUGUUCCUGAGAUUCAAAGAACCAACCUUGCGAAUGUGGUACUUACACUUAAGAGUCUUGGUAUUCAUGACUUGGUUAAUUUCGAUUUUAUGGACCCACCCCCUUCAGAGGCCUUGUUGAAGGCCUUGGAACAACUUUUUGCUCUCAGCGCACUCAACAGUCGUGGGGAGUUGACCAAGACUGGAAGACGAAUGGCAGAGUUUCCAUUAGAUCCUAUGCUGUCAAAGUCGAUAGUAGCUGCUGAGAAAUAUAAGUGUUCUGAUGAGGUCAUCUCCAUUGCAUCUAUGUUGUCGAUUGGCAAUUCUAUAUUCUAUCGUCCGAAGGACAAACAAGUUCAUGCAGAUAAUGCAAGGUUGAACUUCCACACUGGCAAUGUUGGGGACCAUAUAGCUUUACUCAAUGUCUAUAACUCGUGGAAAGAAACAGACUUCUCAACUCAAUGGUGUUAUGAAAAUUAUAUCCAGGUCCGUAGCAUGAAGAGGGCAAGAGAUAUUCGAGAUCAACUGGAGGGACUUCUGGAGAGAGUUGAGAUUGAGGUUUGUUCAAACGCCAGUGAUUUGGAUGCUAUUAAAAAGGCUAUAACAUCAGGUUUCUUCCACCAUUCUGCACGUUUGCAGAAGAAUGGUUCAUAUAGAACUGUUAAGAACCCCCAGACUGUCUUUGUCCACCCUAGUUCAGGAUUAGCACAGCUACUUCCUCGAUGGGUAAUUUAUCACGAGUUAGUUCUCACGACAAAAGAGUACAUGCGCCAGGUGACGGAACUGAAGCCUGAAUGGCUGGUGGAAAUUGCUCCACAUUACUACCAAUUAAAAGAUGUGGAUGACGCUGGUUCCAAGAAGCUACCCAAGGGGCAAGGACGAGCUGCGUUGUAGCUAGGACUCACAAAGCAUCUGGGUAAAUGUUCUCUAAUUGGAUUCAAAGA